AUGUCUGAAGUGUCAAGAGAUGUUUUGUCGUCCCCUGGGGACUCUGAUGAAACUCUCACUGCUGCCGCAACAGUGCAGGAUGAGGUUGAGAGCACAAAGAUGAAUGAAACGAUUGAAGGCUCAAGCUUCAAAUCCUUUAUCGUGAGAUACAGCCGUUUCCAACUCCUAAAGAUUUCUGAAGCUAAUGGUAUAUGCGUCCAGCGCGUGUUCCGAUACAACGACGCGUCAGGAUGGGUUCUGAAUUCAGUUGCCUUUGUGUCCAUGAUUGGCGCUGGCACAGCACUUCCACUCAUGGACGUCGUUUUUGGGGGGUUUGUUAACGUUUUCAAUGACUUUGUUACCGGAAAAAUAACCCCAGAUAAGUACAUGGAUGAAGUCGGCCGAUAUACUUUAUACUUUGUCUAUAUUUUUAUCGGAAGAUUCUCGCUAAUAUACAUAUGGACGAUGCUCGUAAACAUUACGGCGAUCCGCACGACUAAGAACCUCCGAGUCGAUUUCGUCCGCCAAGUCCUACGACAGGAAAUCUCCUUCUUUGAUACUCCAUCUAUAUCCGUUUCAGGUCAGAUAACUACAAAUGGCAACUUAAUAUACUACGGGAUAUCGGAGAAGCUCGGCCUUGUUAUACAGGCGUUAUCGAUGCUCAUCUCUGCGUUUGUGGUCGCCUUUAUCGUGCAGUGGAAAUUGACACUAAUCACCUUGGCCAUCGUGCCGGUGAAUACCAUCAUUAUGCUUAUUUGCAUUUACUUUGAUACGAUUUACGAGUACCAAAUGUUCGACAUUUACGCUGAGUCUGGAUCCAUGGCCGAGGAAGCAUUCUCGACAAUUCGCACCGCGCAUGCCUUUUGGGUCUUUCCGAAGCUGGCUGGUCGUUUCAAUGAAGUUCUUAACAGAGCAAGAAAAGUUGGCAACAAGAAAUCCAUCUUAUACGCAAUUUUAUUCCCGGUGGAAUUCUUUAGCAUUACCGCAGGAUAUGGCCUGGCCUUCUGGCAGGGCAUGCAAAUGUACUCGAGAGGGGAAAUCCAAUCUCCUGGGACGGUGGUAACUGUUAUAUUUGCGGUGUUAGUAGCCGCCCAGGCUUUGACCCAAAUAGCGCCCCAAGUGAUCGCAAUAUCGAAAGCCAUGGCCGCAGCACAAGACCUAUUCUCUACAAUCGACAGAGAGUCUGCCAUCGAUUCGCUCUCGGAAGGUGGUGAGAGGAUUCAAAACUUCCAGGGUAAUAUAAAAUUGCGCGAAGUUUGCUUUUCGUAUCCAUCGCGGCCGACUGUGCCCGUUGUGCAAGACCUCGACCUUGACUUCCCUGCUGGCAAGAUCACGGCUAUAGUUGGUGCUAGUGGUUCCGGCAAAAGUACUAUAUUCGGCCUUCUGGAGCGUUGGUACUCGUAUGCUAAAGGCGAAAUUACACUCGAUGGACAUAAACUGGAAAACAUCAACCUACGGUGGCUACGAACGAAUGUCCGCCUGAUCCAACAGGAGCCCACCCUCUUCAGUGGCACUAUUUACCAAAAUGUCGUGGACGGCCUUUCCGGUACUGAAGAUGAGACUAUAUUCGAUGAAGAAAAGAAGAAGAGUCUUGUGGUUACGGCCUGCAAGGCAGCGUAUAUACACGACUUCAUCAUGCGUCUUCCAAGCGGAUACGACACUUGGGUAGGAGAACGAGGUGCAUUAUUAUCUGGCGGUCAGAAGCAACGCAUUGUUAUCGCUCGAACCAUCAUAUCGGACCCGAAAGUACUAUUGUUAGAUGAGGCAACUAGCGCCCUAGAUCCCAGUGCCGAGAAGAUUGUGCAAGCUGCACUAAAUAACAUAGCAAAGGGCCGCACUGUGGUUAUCAUUGCUCACCGGCUUUCAACUAUCAGGGAAAGUGACAACAUUAUUCUCUUGGCUAGAGGAAAGGUUGCGGAAACCGGGACGCACUCCGAGUUAAUUGCACUUGGGGAGAGUUAUGCUAGACUCGUCAAGGCGCAAGACCUUGGGAAGAACUCAGGCCCAAUCCAUGACAUAUCUGCUGAUAGCAAAGAAAAAUCCGUUGCUGGUAAGGAGAUAACACAAGCCUCGAAGACAAAAGACGAUAUCACAACUUCUGGUGGUCCUAUUCGCAAGUAUGGACUACUUCAUGGUCUGUUUCUCAUCAUACAAGAGCAAAGGGUGUUAUGGAUACCGGCGUUUGUGAUCUUUGCAAGCUGCACGGCUGCUGGAAUUACAUACCCAGCAAUGGCGGUUCUGGUAUCUAAGUCUUUAGAACAGUAUGAGACUACUGAUGUGACCAAGGCCAACUUUUUCGCCUUGAUGUUUUUUGUCGUCGCACUCGGCAACCUAUGUAUAUUUGCCGCAGUUGGCUGGCUGUCAAAUGUAGUUGCGCAGACCGUUAUGGAGUUCUAUCGGGGUGACGUCUUCGACAAUACACUUCGUCAGGACAUGACAUUCUUCAACGAGCCCGACAACAGCACAGGCGCCUUGGUCUCGAGGCUGGCAGCAGAACCGACAAGUCUACAAGAGCUUCUAUCUAUCAACAUGGCUUUGAUAAUAAUCUGCGUAACUAAUCUUUUCGCCAGUUGCAUCCUAGCCAUAGCGUACGGAUGGAAGCUAGGACUUGUCUUAACUUGUGGAGCGUUGCCUUUUAUCGUCGGCUCAGGCUAUUUACGCAUUCGGCUUGAAUCCAAGUUUGACGAGGACACUGUUCAACGGUUCUCCAGUAGUAGUGCCAUAGCGACGGAGGCAGUUAUAGGCAUUCGCACGAUAUCGUCACUUGCUCUUGAGCAAACGUUUCUGGAUCGGUACGCCAAAAGUCUUGAAGGUAUCGCGCGGUAUGCUAUUAGUAGCCUUGGCUUUAAAAUGCUCUUCUACUCUUUGAGUCAGUCGGUAUCUAUGCUGGCUAUGGGUCUUGGAUUCUGGUAUGGCGGGAAGCUCGUAUCAACUGGCGAGUACACAUCAAGUCAAUUUUACAUUGUGUACUUGGCAGUCAUUUUCUCCAGCGAGGCAGCUGCGAUACUAUUUCAGCAUACAACCAGUAUCUCUAAGGCGGGCACCGCCAUUAACUACAUUUUUGGCCUCCGACAAACUCGUAUUUUGCUCGACGAUGAGCCAGGUACCGAACCUCAACCUGAUGGCGAUGAUGAGAAGCUGUCUCUUUCCAAUGAAAAGGCUCUGGAAGUGUCUUUUGAUCGUGUUCACUUCUCUUACCCCUUACGGCCGGAUCAAAGAGUGCUUAAAGGAAUCGAUAUCAACAUUGGGUCCGGGAAAAAGGUGGCCUUUGUUGGUGCCUCCGGCUGUGGAAAGUCUACGCUGGUCGCAUUACUUGAGCGAUUCUAUGACCCUGUAACUGGUACAAUUCGGGCAUAUGGCCGAGAUAUCAAGUCCCUCAAUCGACGCAGAUAUCGCCGCAACAUCGCAUUGGUGCAACAAGAACCAGUACUAUACCAAGGCUCAAUAGAGGACAACGUUUCACUUGGAAUAGAAGAAGGCAGUCCCUCUGAAGCACAAAUUAUUCAAGCAUGCCAGAGUGCCAACAUAUGGAACUUUAUCAUCUCUCUCCCAGAAGGACUGCAAACGAAAUGUGGCACUCAGGGAUUCUCCUUGUCAGGCGGUCAGAGGCAACGCAUAGCGAUUGCCAGGGCACUCAUUCGCAAUCCUAAGCUACUACUGCUGGAUGAAGCUACGAGUGCGCUAGAUACCGAAUCCGAAAACGUAGUAAAGGCAGCUCUGGACGUUGCAGCGGCGGGAAGAACCACGAUUACAGUCGCACAUCGGCUCAGUACGAUCAGUGAUGCUGAUAAAAUUAUCGUGUUUUCUAACGGAAGUAUCGUCGAGUCGGGCACCCACGAUGAGUUGCUCGACCGGAGGGGUGUAUAUUACGAGAUGGUGUUGGCACAGUCACUAGAUAGAGAAGCAUAG